GCCGGCGCUCACUGCCUGGCCGAAGCCGGUGGGCACCGUGCCCGUUCCUGUCGGUCUCCCGGGUGCCCGGGCACCCGGCCACCGCCCCAGCCCCUCCCCCACGGUAUGGAGCCAGGGCUGGCGGCUCAGAAGCCGCCGCGGAGGCGAAGCCGCCGGGCCUCCGGACUCCCUAAGGAUGGCGCCGAGGGUCCCGCGGUGGACGCCUCCGGGCCGGGGCCGGAGGGGAGAUACCCACUUCGGAGAGGUAGUUCCUUCACAUUUUUAACACCUGGCCCCCACUGGGAUUUGAGUUUGAAAAGAAAACGAAAAGAGAAAGAUGAUGAUGUUAUAAGCCUUAGCAGCCUUGAUCUGAAGGAGCCAAGCAAUAAAAGAGUUCGACCUCUAGCUCGGGUCACAUCCUUGGCAAACUUAAUCUCUCCUGUAAGAAAUGGAGCUGUCAGACGUUUUGGCCAAACAAUACAGUCAUUUACCCUUCGAGGCGAGCACCGAUCCCCAGCCUCUGCCCAGAAGCCAUUCAGCAGGUCGACAGUCCCCACACCUACCAAGAGAAGAAGCAGUGUGCUGUGGUCAGAGAUGUUAGACAUCACCAUGAAGGAAUCUUUAACCGCCAGAGAAAUCAAACGUCAGGAGGCAAUAUAUGAAAUGUCUCGAGGUGAACAGGAUUUAAUUGAGGACCUCAAGCUUGCAAGAAAGGCCUACCAUGACCCCAUGUUAAAGUUGUCUAUCAUGUCAGAAGAGGAACUCACGCACAUAUUUGGUGAUCUGGAUGCUUAUAUACCUCUGCAUGAAGAUUUGUUGGCAAGAAUAGGAGAAGCAACCAAGCCCGACGGGACAGUGGAGCAGAUUGGCCACAUCCUUGUGAACUGGUUACCAGGCUUGAAUGCUUACAGAGGCUAUUGUAGCAACCAGCUGGCAGCCAAAGCUCUUCUUGAUCAAAAGAAACAGGAUCCAAGAGUUCAAGACUUCCUACAGCGAUGUCUUGAGUCUCCCUUCAGUCGAAAACUAGAUCUUUGGAGUUUCCUAGAUAUCCCUCGAAGUCGCCUAGUCAAGUACCCUUUACUGUUAAAAGAAAUUCUUAGACACACUCCCAAAGAUCACACUGAUGUUCAGCUUCUGGAGGAGGCAGUAUUGAUAAUACAAGGUGUUCUCUCUGAUAUCAACUUGAAGAAAGGUGAAUCUGAGUGUCAGUAUUACAUUGACAAGCUGGAGUAUCUGGAUGAGAAGCAGAAAGACCCUAGGAUCGAAGCAAGUAAGGUGCUCUUGUGCCAUGGGGAGCUGAAGAAUAAAAAUGGACAUAAACUUUAUGUUUUCCUGUUUCAAGACAUCUUGGUUUUGACUCGGCCUGUUACAAGGAAUGAGCGUCACUCAUACCAGGUUUACCGGCAGCCAAUCCCAGUCCGGGAGCUGGUACUGGAAGACCUGCAAGAUGGCGACGUGCGCAUGGGCGGUUCCUUCCGAGGGGCCUUUGGCAACUCAGAUAAAGCUAAAAACAUCUUCAGAGUUCGCUUCCAAGACCCCUCUCCUGGCCAGUCAUACACUCUCCAGGCCAAUGACGUGUUCCAUAAGCAACAGUGGUUCAACUGCAUCCGCACCGCCAUUGCCCCUUUCCAGCAUGCCGCCACUUCGCCAGAGCUGGAGGGCUUGCCGGAGCUCCAUGAGGAGUGUGAGGAGAACAACCCUUCUGCCGGGAACCUGGGAGCCCAGAGAAGGGCAUCUGUGGUUCCUGGUGUGAUGCAGGCAGAAGGGGAGGAAAGCAAACUGGAAUGUGGCUCCAGCGUGCAGGCGGCAAGUGGCUCUAAGCGUGUCAAGGCACACCGCACCCAGCCUGGGUUUCGCCGAGCCAGGGACAAAGCCCAGACAGGUGGCAAACGGAAAGAGACUUUGGUGUAAAGGAAACUGUAUUCACUGGCGGAAAGACUGUUUAUUUAUAAAUGUGUACAGAUUUCUCUUGCAGUGGGAGCAUUGUAGGGUUACUUUGUACCAGCUGUAACAUGUUCAUGGAUUGGGGUUGGGGUAUUUUUGUUUUGUUUUGUUUUGUGGGGUUUACUGGGGAUUUUUGUUUUUUAUGUGUUUUGGUUUUUUGUUUGUUUUUUUUUUUUUAAUGGCAGCUAAAGAUGCACAGAUUACUGUUAAAAUUGCAGAGGGGGAUUAACCUUUUUUAAAGAUAUUUUCUUAGAUUAUUAAGAACAUGAAAGAAAGAUUGGUAUUUUUAAAUUAAAUCAAAUGGGUUAUCUCCUAAUUCUGGACUCAUCAUGAGACUAUCCAUCAACACUUAGAAUUUUGCAAAUAGUAGAAUUCUGCUGGUGAUCUUGAAUAUACAAGUUUGAAUUGAAGUUUUGACAUUGGCACCUAAAAUCUACACAGAAUACAUUUACAAUAUUUCAAAU